AUGGCGGGUGGCAACCAUAGUGUUACAUACCUGGACUACAGGAACUACAUGGAUCCACUAUGGGACAACCUUUCACAGGAAGCAGACACACUGAUGCCUACCGAUACCAAAGGAUUUUACGAAACGGCUAGGACACUGCGAAACGUUUUUCUCCCAAUUAUCGUCAUUAUAGGACUUACCGGAAAUACCGUUACCAUAGUGGUGUUUAUAUCUACACACAUGAAAAAGUCCUCAGCAACAGCGUUCCUGGCAACGCUAGCAUUUGUUGACAACGUUUUCCUCGUAGCGUUGUUCACAACAUGGUUCGACGGUAGUGUUUCAAACAUCAUUAAGACCGAGGGUGUAUGUCAGCUUCUUGUCUAUGUAACGUACGUGACAAGCUUUCUGUCGAUCUGGUAUGUGGUAGGUUUCACUGCCGAAAGAUAUAUCGCAAUCUGCCAUCCAUUCCGAGCUCCCAUUGUUUGCUCACGAUUCCGGGAGAAGAUUUAUGUGAUAAUUCUGGCUGUGGUCGCGGGUGUGUUGUAUAACUAUGCUCUGUGGACUACUUCCGUGGUGGAAUUAAAUGGUGUAUAUCGCUGUGGGUACAAAUUUAAAUACAUGAGUUUGCUAGAGAAGGUGACUUGGAUUGACACCAUUAUUACUAUGAUCAUACCGUUCUUACUCAUUCUACUCAUGAAUAUAAAAGUCGUAUGCAAAGCUGCUGCCUUUCAUCGGAAGCGGAAACACUGUUUAAAACCAACUGACUCGUUCAACUCUUCAAUUUCAAGAAGUAAAAGUAGAGCGCUACGCAGCAAGCCUCAGAUGCGUGUGACGCGAACACUCGUGCUAGUAUCCACAACAUUCCUGGUGCUCAAUUUACCAAGUCAUGUGCGAAGACUGUACACGCUCAUUAUUUACACAACAACCCAACAAGAGACUGAAAUAGCAAUGUACCACUACCUCCUGCAGGAAAUCACACAACUCUUGUACUACUCAACAUUCAGUGUUAAUUUCUUUUUGUAUGCCUUGUACGGUAAACAUUUCCAAAGUAGCCUUCUACUCAUGAUAAAAUCUAUCAGAUACCGGAUAUGUUGUCGAAAGUCGCACAUACACCUCAGCAGGACACCUAGUGCAAAGGGGGUAUUGUUAUCAGCGAGUAAUUCCAGACUGAUCAGCAUGGAACUAAAGCAAGACAUCAAAUUCACUCUAUCAAAGGGGAAGUAAUAUACUUA